AUUUGGUUGUCAUGAAAACAAGUGUUAAACUAACCUCGUGUUGACUUGACAAAUAAAACAUAGAUAUUUAUAUUGUAAUAUUUUUAAAAAUGCCAUACACGCCCAUAAAUAAAAUGUUACCGGUGACUGUGGACAUCCGUCUACAGCACCGAUAUUCAGAAAUUGCAACCGAACUUUCGAGAUCAACACAUUUUAACAAAAUCGAAGUACUGCGAUUACUGCAGAUGCAUUACAUCCUAACAAAAGAAGAUACAAUUCCUAUGGAUCAGUUACUAUUCAUGCAAUUCAUGGACGCUUUUUUAGGAGUAAGAAACGUAGAAGCUGUAGAAAAAAUGUUUUUAAUAAGUUGCAUAACAAACGAGGAGAGCCUAACUGGGUCCGAGUUUGUGAAGAUUUUAUCAUUGGUGUUAAAAGGCAAACUACCUGAUUUAAUAAACUUUUGCUUUGAAGUUUACACAGAGAUGACAAGGUCACCUAAAUUCAUUAAAAAAGAGGGCGUGUUACUGAUGGCCAAAAGAAACAGCUUGAAACUGUGUAAAUUAGUGAAUAUGGAGAAGUUCGAUCAAAGUUUCGUGGAUUUCGUUAUGAUUGAGGUGGACAAGGAUCGUGAUAACAGAAUAUCACUGGAAGACUAUCGUAAGGCUGUGUGCGAAAAUGUCGCUUGGUUGCAGUUUUUGGGGAGAAUCCUUCCAACGUCCACCAGAAAAGAAAAAUUUAUGAAACUAUUUACAAAUCGACCAUAUAUUAAUAAUAUACAGACUUCAGUGUCAGCGAUGAAUCGAGAAAAAAAGGAGAAAUCACAAUCAGAAAUGAAAUCACAAAGCAAAAGCGCAAGUAGUUUAUCGUUUUCCAGCGAUUCUGCUGGUUUAGUAAUUAACCAUGGCGGUUAUCAAUCUACGAAUAGAAGAAAUCAAGUAGUAGCGGAUGGAAAUUUUUUAACACUAUUUUAACUAAUUACAGAUGUGAGGAGUAAGAAACGUAGAAGCUGUAGAAAAAAUGUUUUUAAUAAGUUGCAUAACAAACGAGGAGAGCCUAACUGGGUCCGAGUUUGUGAAGA